AUGACUGACGUGCCCAAACUAAAAAUACACCUAAAAAUACACACAGGAGAGAAGCCUUACUCCUGCUCUGACUGUGGAAAAUGUUUUAAAACAUUAGGUUAUAUAAAGGUUCACCAGAGAACACACACAGGAGAGAAGCCUUAUUCCUGCUCUGACUGUGGAAAAUGUUUUAAAACAUUAUAUGAUCUAAAAGUUCAUCAGAGAACACACACAGGAGAGAAGCCUUACUCCUGCUCUGACUGUGGAAAAUGUUUUAAAACAUUAGGUUAUAUAAAGGUUCACCAGAGAACACACACAGGAGAGAAGCCUUACGUCUGCUCUGACUGUGGGACGAGUUUCUCUCAGCUGGGCAACUUAAAAACACACCAACGUAUACACACAGGAGCGAAGCCUUAUUCCUGCUCUGACUGUGGAAUUUUUUUUAAAACAUCAACUGAGCUAAAAGUUCACCAGAGAACACACACAGGAGAGAAGCCUUACGUCUGCUCUGACUGUGGAAAAUGUUUUAAAACAUCAACUGAGCUAAAAGUUCACCAGAGAACACACACAGGAGAGAAGCCUUAUUCCUGCUCUGACUGUGGAAAAUGUUUUAAAACAUCAACUGAGCUAAAAGUUCACCAGAGAACACACACAGGAGAGAAGCCUUACGUCUGCUCUGACUGUUGGGCGAGUUUCUCUCAGCUGGGCAACUUAAAAACACACCAACGUAUGUAUACACACAGGAGCGAAGCCUUAUUCCUGCUCUGACUGUGGACAAUGUUUUAAAACAUGAUAUGAUCUAAAAGUUCACCAGAGAACACACACAGGAGAGAAGCCUUACGUCUGCUCUGACUGUGGGGCGAGUUUCUCUCUGCUGGGCACCUUAAAAACACACCAACGU